AUGUUGAUCACUGUGGGCAUCGUCUGCUGCCUAGUAUUGGGGAGUCUACCUUUUGUUUGUUUAUCCUGCCCAUCUCAAUGCAGCUGCUCAUUUUACUCACUUAGUGAUGGAACAAAAUCCAGAGAAGUAAUUUGCGAUGAUCCUGAAAUGACUUCAACACCAGUGAAUAUCCCAGUAGACACAUUUAAACUUCGCAUUGAGAAAACUUCAAUUAAAUGGGUACAAGGAGAAGCUUUCCACCUUCUUUCCAACCUAGAGUUUUUGUGGAUGCCCUACAACUCUGUGGUGAGACUAAGCAUGAUCACAUUACAAGGGCUGAAUAAACUUCAGGAGUUAAGAUUGGAUGGCAAUGCCCUGACCUCUUUCCCAUGGGAAGCUCUUGCCAAUACUCCUCACCUAAGGCUGCUGGAUUUGCACAACAAUGAACUCUCCACUGUACCUAAAGAUGCAGCCCGUUACAUGAAGAACAUUACAUAUUUAGAUUUUUCCAGCAACAAACUCAUUACCCUUCCCCAGGAACUUAUUACAUCCUGGCUGAAUCUUCACUCGGCUUCAUACCUCUCUAAUGACCAUUCUACACUUAUUCUUGGUCUUCAGGACAACCCUUGGCUGUGUGAUUGCCGCUUGUAUGAAAUGGUUCACUUUUUGAACUUCAAGUCUCCCUCAGUAGCAUUCAUAGAGCCCCGACUUAAAUGCUUUUCCCCCCCGAGUCUCGCUGGUGUGCUUUUUAGCCAGGUGGAGUUGAAAAAAUGUCAAAGCCCAGUGAUACACACAUCCGUGGAAAAAUUUAAGACGAUGGUUGGCAGCACAGUGUUACUGAAGUGUGGCACUAUGGGUAUUCCCAUCCCCGUUCUUAGCUGGAGGAGAAGCGAUGGCUGUCAAAUUAAUGGAACAGUUCAGCAGGAAAUAUUAAGUGAUGGAAUGAGCUGGUCCAUUUUAAAGUUACCAACUGUGUCCUCUAAAGAUACUGGAGAGUAUAUAUGUAAAGCAAAAAACAUUCUGGGCAUGACGGAGGCCUUUAUCUCUGUACUAGUCACAGACACAAACACCACAGAUGAACCCAAUGACAAUGGUAUGUAUCUUUUAACAGAAAUCAGCCAAGACAAGCAGAAAUAUAGAACAAAUAGCAACAAUGACGCUCUUAAAAAGAAUGUUCAGAAUAUGAAUCCAGUUUCAGGUACAGACAUGAGAUCUCAAAUCUCACCAACUAAGGCACCCGGAAGUGAAUGGUUAGUAAGAGGUGUGAAGGUAAUUGGAGAUACAGACCACAGUGUGUCUUUGGCAUGGAAAGCACCCCUUGCCAAAAAUGUUACCAUUUUUAGCGUCCUCUAUGCAAUAUUUGGAAAAACAGAGAUGAAAAGGAUUAAUGUUGACCCUGGUAAGACUAAGAUCACAAUAGAUGGAUUGAUCCCUCAAACCAAGUACAUUGCCUGUGUCUCUGUAAAAGGUAUAAUACCUAGAAAGGAGCAAUGUAUUAUCUUUUCCACAGAUGAAGCUGCCACUGCAGGUGGAACCCAAAAACUGAUCAAUGUUGUGGUUAUUAGUGUGGCCUGUAUUAUAGCUGUACCUCUAACCUUGGUGGUCUGCUGUGGUGCUUUAAAAAGAAGAUGCAAAAAAGGCUUGGGACGUAAAUCAAGGGACAUACAGGACUCUUAUGUGACAUUCGAGAGUCUGUCUGCAACAGCCAAAACAAAGGUGACUGACGAGGAAUAUCUGACUAGAAACAAUCUUGAUGAAUCUAACAGACUGUUAUCGGCCCGUUCAAGUGUGGAUUCUGAGGCAAUACCAAAAGCAGGACAGCCAAAUGAGUUCUUUUGUUAAUGCAGUUAAUCUAAAUUUUAUGAGUAGCAGUACCAUUGUGAUUGUUUCUGUCAAA